AUGGAUAUUAGAAUAACGUUAUCUAUAGUCAUCACUACUAUUCUGUUAAUGAAGAGAACGAGUUACAGUUUGGCCAGAGAUCCAGAAUCUGUAAAUUCGUGGGCGCAAUGUGAAACGGCUAUUGAGGAAAUAAAGCAAGAAGACCGUGCAACAAUCGUGGACGAUAAUCCCUCCAGAUUGUAUUCUACGUGGCUGUCUCAAGAAUGUGAAGUGCGAGCUGGCCCUGAGUAUAUAAUCAGAAAAUACACAUUUUUCGAGAACGGCACGUUUCUUCUGUUACGUUAUCAUUAUGCCGAAGAAUCAUGUAGCAUAGCGACACACACUGUUACAAUUCGCGGUUCCAUCAAGUUGCUAGGAUCGUCUGCAAUUGUUUCUGGCGCUACUGAAACGAGAUUUCACGUAGAUGCCAUUAAUAUUGUCGCUCAUAAGUUUGGACACAGAUUGAACUUAACUUGCGGUCCCCAGCCGAAAUGGCGACCUUAUGUUCCCGAAGUGGUUUACGAACAGCCGCGGCAACGCUCAGCAGCGCCAUUCUGGCAAGGUCCAAUCUAUAAUUCUUUACAAGUACACUCGUCUACGAAGAAGAGGCUCGGUAUGAACUGUUUAGAGUCUUUCGGGAUUGAAUUCACCGAAUUGAAGCUGCUGAGGGUGCAGAAAAAAUCGUUUGGAAACUCUAGCAGCGAUCGUUACCAUAAGCUUCCACAAUUUCAACUUUUUUUAGCUAGCCCAAUACCUAACAUUUAUUCUCGUUGGAAUUGCAAACCGACCUCCUUACAGUCUACAGCUAUGAUCCGCGCCGACACGGCGAGCGAUUGCCCGAUAUGCGGCAGCGUGUCUCGGAGUACCGAGUUUAGUCCACCUCUUCUUCAUCAAAAGGCAGCUUUACCCGCAUUGAUCGGAGGUUAUUGGCACAGCGAGAGAUGCGAAAGCUCCGAAGGUGGUAUCUGGUCCAGACGUCAAUUUCAGAUACACUCAGGAGAUAAAUUAUGGACCGGUCAAUGGGACUAUUACAAUGAUCCGCAAUGUACAACGUUUUUGUACGCGAUAACUGCAGCUGGAAGUUAUAUCCAGCGAAUUGGAAGGCAAAGACGUCACAAACAGAUCGGUCGAGAAACUUUUCUCGAUCACUGUCUCAAUGUCUCCACAAUAAGAUUCUUGUUCAAAAGGAGCGCUGCUAAUUUGCCAACUAGUCGUACUGCAGUACAAAGCACGGAUCAACUAUAUCGGAACAAUAAAUUUUUCGAUCUCGCGAACGGAUCGAAAAACGGCAAAUGGUCCGUCACAACGGCCGAUAAAAAGGUAGUACAAGGAAGACAGGAAAGAUCGCUGACUGCAGAGGACAUUCAUCGACUGUUGCGCGACGACGAACAGUCUAUAGUUGAAUCAAGAUUCGCAGCGAUGCUACGAGGUCAUCAGGCAUACGAGAUCACUACUAGAAAGCCUCUUUCCAUUUGGAAGACCCUCGCUGGUACCACGGAGCUGGAUCUGCACAUUGCCGAGAGUAUUUUGAUUCCUGGGGACGCCGCGGUGUCCGCUCGUUGUAGCACCGAUCAGCAGCUCGGCGUGCCGCUCGUCACCUGGCCGCGAAAUUGCGUACCUCACACUAUCGAAGCGCCCUCCACGUUAGGACUACGGGUCAAACUGGGCAUCAACUGGAACGGUCAGUACAUUCUGUUGUUGGGCUCGCGAGAUGACAACGUAUGGGAGGCUCCUCUACGUCAAUGUGCGCAGAUUCCACCCCACAAUUCUGCUUUGAGAGCGCAUCUUCGGAGAAGCAUCGGCCUUCGUUUCGGACUGCUUUCUUCGAGAGCGUCGUCGAUCCGACGAGUCUCCGCUUAUUGGUGUCUCUUAUCGCAAAUCUUACUGUGCUCCGUAUAUUACCUUGUAUGGUGAUAUCUGCACUACGAUAUAGCAAUACAGAUACAGU